UCCAUCCAAAUAAUAAAACAUGAAUUUCAUCUUUUAUGAACACAUGCGUAAAGUAUGACUGACCAAGGAAUUUUUAGAAAAUACACAAACAUGGAUUACAUAUGAUAUGAGCAAGAAAUAUUCUAGAGUCGAAACAGUUUUGAUAAAAGUUGCUUGUCAGAUCUGAUUUGCUCAAGUAUUGCUAGUGAGUGUUAAUAAAAUAAAGCUGUUACACUGCAGGUUAAUUUCAGGGUAUUAGUUGACAUAACAGAAGACGGUAGAGGUUAUUACUUACAAACACUGAUUUAACAAAGUUAAAUUCAGUACUCAGCUGUAGUGUCUCAUGGAACAAUGGGUAGAGGGAAGGAAAGACACUUUGGAUUAAUCUCUCUAGCACUUUUUACUAAUGUUAUAUUUAUAAUUUUUGUAAUACAUAACACUAGGCGAACACCAAAAAUAUAUUCAACAUUUACCAUUGCUGGUAACUCGGAUACUAAAGGUUUGGCGAAGUUCAACAAAUCAACAAAUCGUAGGAAUAUAACAAAAAUCGUAAUUCUCACAUAUUGGAGAAGUGGAUCAACUUUCGUCUCUGAAUUAUUUUCGCAGCAUCCAGAUGUGUUUUACAUGUAUGAGCCACUGCGUGCUUGUGCCUGCUCAAAACACUGUGAUCAUCCCAAAGACAAUAUAAUAAUACAAAAUGCAUACAUAAAAGACAUAUUGGAUUGUGAUUUUGAAAACAAUGAUUUUCUGUCAAUGAUCAAAAAUCAUAAACAGUUCAAAUGGAAUGUAACUUUUCGUGGUAUUGAUGACUUUGAAAGUAUUCCACACCUUUGUGCCAGUAAAAAGAUAGUGGCGAUAAAAGUAAUCCGUGCAGAGUCAUUAGAGCGUGUUGCUGGUGUUCUAGGCAGUGACACUGCGUUGUUCUUCUUGAUCAGAGAUCCUAGGGGUGUACUAAAUUCGAGGAAAUAUUUUCCGUAUACAUAUAUGAAUGUGACUGACAAAAUUCGAGACAUGACCAUUUUGUGCGAGAAAGACGUAGCAAAUUAUGAAUUCAUACAGCGGCUCACCAGAAAAUCAGCAUCUCAAUUACAUAAUAUGCCAUUGAUAAAACUGAUUCAGUAUGAACACAUUGCUCAUGAUCCAUUAGGAAAUGCAAAGGAGUUGUAUGAGUUUAUUAAUAUUCCAUUUCAUGAUGAAGUUGCUGAUUGGAUAAAGAAAAAUACAUUGUCAGGACGUGACCCUAGUCCUUUCGGCACUAAACGCAAUUCAAAAAAGGUCCCAAACAAAUGGAAGGCUGGUUUGACCGAGGAAGAAAUACACAUGGUUCAUAGUAUCAAAGAUUGUGCCAGAGUUAUUGAAUUUUUGGGAUUAUAAUUGGCAUUACAUAGAAAUGAAAUUUUUUAUUUAUAUUCAAUAGCAGACUGCAACUUAAAAAACAUUGUAUUUCAGAUUAAUGAUUAAUAUUUUGAUGGUGAUAAUAUUGAAUUCAUGUUCUCCUAUAUUAACACAACAUACAAGAUAUGUAUGAGCCAGGCCACGGGAAAAGGGGUCUAAUAAGCCUGCAGAUUUUUCAAUAUUCUGAUAUUUUGUUUAUCUUAAAAAGCACAGAGACCUUUCAAAUGAGCCAUGCAUGUAAAGAAGAAAUAGUCGAAUUUGAAUUAACACCCUUUCUUUUAAACCUUGGACGCAUUUUUAGCUCUAUGGCACAAUUUUUCAUUUUUGUGACCGGUUUUCAUGUGGCCAGCCUCAUAUAUAAAAACAAUGCUAAACAUGACGCAAUUAACAUACUCAUUUGUUAAACAGCAAUUUUUCAAUUGAACAGAAAUUAUAUAAAUAAAUGUU